GUAUGACGUAUCCAACCCAGUAGAUUCCUGGCCUUGGGUAUCCAAACCCGCUUCGCCGAACCAAACGACCUCAUCGUCAUCGAACCAAAUUUCCGGCCACAUUCAUCCUCCCGGAGAAUCCAUAUAAAUUGACGAAUCCCACCCCAUAAAUCAAUUCCCAGAAGUCGCAUCGGGGUCGCUUGAUUCUGUAGCAUCGCCAUCGAAUCCAUAAUUGCGGGGAGACUAGGCCGGAAGCCAUGGCCGCCAAACCCGGUUCCGUUCACAAAUCGGAGGAAGAGUGGCGGGCUAUUCUCUCGCCGGAGCAGUUUCGAAUCCUCCGCCAGAAAGGAACCGAGCCAGGAGGCACUGGGGAAUAUGACAAGGUCUUCAGCGAAGGCAUCUACAAUUGUGCUGGUUGUGGCACUCCACUUUAUAAAUCUACCACCAAAUUCAACUCUGGCUGUGGCUGGCCUGCUUUCUUCGAGGGUCUUCCCGGAGCCAUUAAUCGCUCUCCUGACCCGGAUGGGAGGAGAACAGAAAUUACUUGUGCGGCUUGUGGUGGUCAUUUAGGCCAUGUUUUCAAAGGCGAGGGCUUCCCGACGCCAACUGAUGAGCGCCACUGCGUCAACAGCGUUUCGAUCAAGUUUGUCCCACCCGAGACUUCAUCUGCCUCGCUGUGAAAAUCAUCAGGAAGGUUUUAAUCUGUUCUUCUGUUAGCUUAAUAAACUUUAGUGUGGUUUGUAAUGAAGUAGCAGUGUUGCAUACAAGUUUGAGACUUGGUGUUUAGUAUUCCUAAGCAAUUUUAACUCUUUAUCUACCGGCAUCAAACAAAGCUUUACCUA